ACCACAUCAACCGCAUCAACCGCAUCAACCGCAUCGACACUUGCACACCACCCCCAUGGAAGAUCUCUCUGCGCCGAGUCUGGCCGAGACGGGCGGCUCCUUUGGCUCGCUCGCCGACCUGGCCCACAAGCGCAUCGCCACGUUCGCCUAUCUGCGGAAGCUGCACGACGGCAACUCGUAUUAUCUCUCAACGGUGCUCCUGCCCAGCGAUGCCCUGGCGGUCCUCUACGACAACACCAAAACGAAAAAGAGGGCCAUCAAAUGGUUCAAUCUCGGCCUCAGCUUGGGCUCCCUGCUGCUGGUCCCAAACCACAUCGAGUUUCUGAAAGCAGCAAACUCGGUCAUGAUGGACUACGAAGCCGAUAUGGAGUCGUCGAAGCCUGGCCUGACUCGGCUCUUCUCCGCAAAAAAGUCAACAUCCGAUCUGCAGAGUGCAGCUUUGGGAGGCUCGAAGGAAUCGCUGGCCCUGCCCGCGUCUCUCCUCGAAUCGGCCCAGCUGCCAUUUGAAAUUGACUACGUCCAGGCGCUCUCGGCUCUCUGCGACAUCUUCAUGGCCUGCUACAACAAGCUCAUGGAGCUCGAGGAGCUGGAGCAGAGUACUGUGUUCCUGGAGGGUCUGCUCAAAUUUGAUACCAGAGCCAAGAAAAUCAUCGGAUUGGUGCUGCUGGACGUGGACCAGCUGGCAAAGAACUUGCUGCGCGAGGAGCUCGAAAUCAUCAAUCCGACAAACACCCUCUUUGGAGAGGAUGUGCGAUAGAGGCGGGUGCGGCCGCCACCGACACCGACACCGACACCGACACCGACACCGACACCGACACCGACACCGACACCG